UUUAUUCAUCACAAAUUAUAUAGAAUACAAAAAUCAGAUUGGGUGUUGCUUCCUUUCAGAGCAAGGCAAGUCUUGUUAGUACUUGUGAUGUUGGUACAGCGAUGCCAGCUGCAAUCACUAAAGCUGAACAAAGACUCCUACCCGCAGACUGGAACAGCCAGUCUCCCUGGAAUUUCCCUUGGAAAGGAACAUAAGGACAGCACUGCAGCAUCAGGUGCCCAGAGGUGGAGGGCAGCAGUGAGAAGGAGCUUUGUUAAGUACUCUGCCUGGUUCUGGCACUGUCGUUCUCUAGGGACAAUGGAGAGCUGCGUCAGGAUCUCCGGUGUAAUGGGAACUACAGGACCAUCUCUCACCAGAUACUUUGUUCCCAUGCUCCUCCUUCAGAUGGCAGCACCAAGUUCAGAACAGUUUACAGUGACUGGCUUACGGGGGCCAAUCUUGGCUCCAUGGGGUGGAAUAGUUGAGCUCACCUGCCAGCUGUCCCCACCACAAAAUGCAGAACACAUGGAGAUACGCUGGUUCCGGGAUCGCUAUACACAACCUGUUCACCUAUACAACAAUGGCAAAGACCUGCAUGUAGAAACUAUCUCCAGGUAUGUGGAGCGGACAGAGCUCCUGAAAGAAGCUAUCAGAGAGGGUAAAGUGACCCUCAGGAUCCUCAAUGUCAGUGUUGAUGACGAUGGGCAGUACCACUGCUUCUUCAGAGAUGGUGCUUUCGAUGAAGAAGCCAUCACAGAAGUGAAGGUCACAGCUACAAGCUUAGGAAUACAGAUUCUUGUGCAUCCUCCUAACAGCAAAGGUCUUUUGGUGGAGUGCAACACAGGAGGCUGGUUCCCACAGCCUGCAAUGGAAUGGAGAGACAGCAGAGGAGAGAUCAUUCCGCCUACAUCCAUAUCCCAUUCACAGGACACAGACAAAUUGUUCAGCAUGAAGAUGACCCUUCUCCUGAAACAGAGCUUCCACAGGAAUGUCACUUGCUGCCUUCGAAACCCCGUAACGGGUCAAGAGGAAAGGACAAGCAUUGUCCUGUCAGAUAAAUUGUUUCCGUGGAACUUUAUUUGGAGACUGAUUCUAGGCAUAAUUCUGGCUCUGCUGGUGAUAUUUAUCAUGGUGCCCAGUGUUGAUCUACAUUACAGAUUAAAAAAACUACAGCAGAAUGGAUCCAGGGCACAGUCUUCUGGAUGUUCCAGAAUCUGUACCAAAGACUGUCUUCCCAAUGGAUGCACAGAUUGCAUCCGCAAAAUGAGAAACCCUAUAGUAGUGGGCAUCAUAAUAAUGGUGCUUUCAAUAGGUGUAAUCGCCUCACUCAUUUCUUAUUUGCAUCACAAAAGAAGAGUUCCUGCUUCAGAUCCACAUUUCCAAUUGGAUACUAUGUGGUUGGAAGAUAUCACGGUGAUCCUGUGUGUUCUGACUGUCUUCAUCACCAUGAUCAUUUCCUUUAUUUACUUUAGAUUCAGAGUGAAAUCUACAAUCGUAAGAAGCUCCAUUUACAAAGGUAGGCAAGGCUAUGCAAAUAUAUAUUUUUGAUUACCAGCAGAUUCC